UGUAUUGUUGAUUAUGGAGUAUCUUCAAAUUCUACUGGGCCUGGCUGCGGCUCUAAUAGGACUUCUCUAUUAUUACUCGACAACCUUUGACUUUUGGAAGAAUCGGGGCAUAAGAGGACCGAAACCGAUCGCCUUUGUCGGCAAUUUCCUCAAUAAUGUUUUAGGAAAAAUCUCGUUUUCCGACCAGAUCACCGAGUGGUACAGACAGUAUAAAAAUGAAACUGUUUUCGGAAUAUUUGAAGGAAAUAGCCCUAUUUUGGUCAUCAACGAUUUGGAUUUGAUAAAAGAUGUUCUUAUCAGAGAUU